CUAUUAUCCCUGCACCAUAGCGCGUCUAAGCUGUAAGCGUAGUAAUUUCAGUAGAAGAUAAGAGAAUACCAAGCAUAAUAUCCUCAUUUUCAAUCAUGGGUACUGCACGAGAGUGGUGGGCAGUGAGGAGGCAGGACAUGAGCAUGGCUCCUCUCAACACCAACACCUCCAAUACCAUUGCUCAACACAGAGCAAAGCAAUACUCACACGAAGGGGUGAAAGCAGGGGUGAAGGCAGCCACAAUUGCAUUUAUAGCAUCGGCAAUCCCUGUGUUGAUGGGAGCACGGGCCAUUCCUUGGGCGAGGGCGAACCUGAACUAUGCAGCUCAGGCACAUAUCAUCUCUUUAGUAAGUGGAGCAGCUUUUUUCGUUGUAGCAGACAAGACCAUUUUGGCGUCCGCACGGAAAAACUCUUUUGAAAAACUUGCAAUUCACGUCGAAUUUCCCCUGUAAAUGAUAAGAUAAAUUGGGGAUAUGUGUAUGCAGAAGUAGAAAAGUGAGACUGGAAGAAUGGCUGGAUAUAUGUUGUUUUAGAAUUGUAAUCCGAAAGAGGAUGUAAAUGAAACUUCUCACCAUUUAUGAGAUGGAAUGAAAUCAUGAAUCCAAGUAGUUUUUAUACAAUA